AUGACACUGUUACGCGGUCUGCUACUGAGCGGCUUGCUGGCAAUUGCACCGGCAAGCUUUGCCGAAGAAGCUGCUGAUGCAGCUACACCAGCGAGUGACCUUGCGGUAACCGAGGCGAACUCACUUGAUCAAUUGCUCGACAAUGUUGAGCAGCGACGAGUGGUUGAAUCGCGAGAGCAUACCGCACGCGAGCGUCGUUUUGCUCAGGAUCGUGCUAACCAGGCGAAACUGUUACAGGAUGCCCAGGCUGAACGCACACGUGAAGAGCGUCGCUCGGACCGGCUUGAGACCACGUUUGAAGAAAACGAAAUUCGCAUCGGCGAUCUUACCGAGCAGCUGGACAAGCGCUUAGGCAGUUUGCGUGAAUUGUUUGGCGUGCUGCAGCAGGUAGCUGGUGACACCCGUGGUUUGUUCGAGGCUUCAUUGAUUUCGUCACAAUAUCCUAACCGCGGUGAGUGGUUGGAUGCGCUGGCUAAGAAGAUGGGUACCGCAAGCCAGUUGGCAACCAUUGAAGAAAUGGAAACACUCUGGUUCGAGCUUCAGCGUGAAAUGACUGAAUCUGGCAAAGUUUCACGUUUCCCGGGCACCAUAACCAAACUGUCUGGCGAAAAAGUUAAUACCGAUAUCGUUCGCGUGGGGUCUUACGCGUUGCUCGGUGAAGGUGAAUACCUGCAAUGGGAUGCAGACACUCAAUCUAUUAUUGAACUGGCUCGCCAACCUUCCGGCCGGCACGUCUCCACUGCGGCUGCGGUACAGGAAUCUGCCGCUGGCGAGAUUGUUGAAUUUUCUGUUGACCCAUUACGCGGUUCUCUGCUCGCGCUGUUGAUUCAGGCUGCCACUAUCGGUGAGCAGGUUGGUUCGUUAGGCGCAGUUGCUGAAUGUUACCUGCCUUUCUGUGAUGGACAGGGUGGUACGGUAGGCGCGAUUAUUAUUCUGGGUGGAUUUAUUGGUGUCCUGCUUGCGCUGGAACGCCUGUUAACUCUGACCAUGAUUGGCGCGAAGGUGAACGCUCAGCGCAAGAACCCAACGCCAAGCGACGACAACCCACUGGGUCGAGUCCUCAAGGUUUAUGAUGAAAACAAAGAAGUUGAUGUCGAGACGCUGGAGCUGAAGCUUGGUGAAGCGAUUCUCGGGGAGACGCCGAAGUUGACGCGAAACAUUACCUUGAUUCAGGUGAUCUCUGUAGUAGCUCCGUUAACCGGUCUGUUAGGAACGGUUAUCGGUAUGAUCGAGACGUUCCAGGCAAUUACGCUGUUUGGUGCAGGUGAUCCGAAGACUAUGGCGAGUGGUAUUUCAAAAGCCUUGAUGACCACCGUUCUGGGUCUGUGUGUUGCAAUUCCAACAACGCUGUUGCACGCACUGGUUAAUGCCCGCUCGAAGUCUGUUAUUCAUGUUAUUGAAGAGCAGAGUGCAGGCAUUAUUGCGGAUCACGCUGAAAAAUCCGGCCAGCCCUUAGGUGAUGUGCUCUGGCUCAUCGCCCUCAUCACUUUCCUGAUGUGGACCCUCAUCUUCGAAAGAAUGUGGUUCUUCUAUACGGAACACAAAAGCCUGGUACGAGAGUCCACCGAAAGGUGGGAAGGACGUGCAGAGCGGACCUCAUGGAGCGCGCGCCAAGUACGUGAAGCCAUGAUUUCUGACGCGUCGGAUCGUAUAACAGGAUCGUUGCCCAUCAUUCAGACAUGUGUGGCAUUGUGUCCACUGUUUGGCUUGCUGGGCACCGUUACCGGCAUGAUCGCGGUGUUCGACGCAAUGGCGACCCAGGGCGGCAAUGCGCGCUCUAUGGCCGCCGGCGUGUCGAUGGAUGCAGAUAUCAACCUCACACCGAUGCUGGACGUGGUUUUUAUCAUGCUGAUCUUCUUCAUUGUGACAGCCACUUUCAUUAAGCAGGCUGGUAUUGAAGUAUCACGUCCUGAAGCGGUCACAGGGGAACAGAAGCCUACAGUGGCGAUGCUGAUCGCGAUUGCGCCAAACGGCGACAUCUGGAUCGAUAAGAAGCGUGUCGACCCCGCAACGGUCAGGGCACACAUCGAACGCCUUCACUCGGAAAACCCCAAAGGCGGACUGGUCGUUCAGGCCGACAAAGAAUCAACCAACGAAAAGCUUAUGGCAGUGCUUAGCGCGGCGCGGCAUCUCAUGAUUGUACGCUAUGCAAUUGGCGUUGGGCUUGGUGCAAUAAUCACCUUCCUACUGUUUUUGAUCAUGCAGGCGGUAAUCGCCAACGAUGAGGCAAAAAUUGAAGAUGGCGUGAAAGGCAAACUCCUGGACAUGGUGCGCCUUGCCGAAGAUGAAGAUAUACAAACGAAGCAGCGUAAACCCACGCCUCCGCCUCCACCGGAUGAGCCGCCACCGGAUAUGCCCAAACCUCAGUUUGAUUCCUCUGAUGUCUCCCAAGGUGUGGAUAUCGGCGCAGUUGAUGUCAACGUUUCGUUAGACGUUGGUGGGGGUGGGUUCAGCUCUGACGGUGAGUACCUGCCUAUUGUGAAGGUUGCACCGGUUUAUCCCCGGCGCGCUCAGACACGUGGUAUUGAAGGUUACGUGGUUCUUGAAUUCAUCGUGACAAAAACCGGCGCAGUACGCGAUCCGGUGGUCAUUGAAGCAAAACCACCGGGCAUUUUCGACCGAUCUGCAAUUAACGCCGCGCUGAAAUUCAAAUAUAAGCCUAAGGUGGUGAAUGGCGAUGCCAUUGACGAGUUGGUUAUGAAUCAGUUACUUAGAGCAAUCACAGUCGCUCUUGUUGUUAUGGGUUUUCUGACUCUGAGCCCGUUGGGUAUCAGUACGGCCAAUGCAGCGGAAGAAAGCGAAAAACCGGUGAAAACCCGUCGCGUGCCGUCAAUGAGUGAAAUGGUUUACAAAAAGCUUUCGGAGGGCCAGGAAGCGAUAGAUGCAAAAGAUUACAACCUUGCGUUGCAGGUUUUGCAGGAUAUGCUCGAUCGAUCCAAGCGUUAUAAUGGUAACGAAAUCGGUCAGGUCCACAGCAUGAUGGGGUAUGUGUACUUCCUCAAAGAGGACUACGCAAACGCGAUCAAAGAAUACAAAAUGGUUGUAGCGCAGGGCGAAGACAUCCCGGAAGGUCUUGAGCAGACUACGCUUUAUACACUUGCACAGCUGUCUUUUGUUGAAGAGAAUUUUGACGACGCGCUGCGUUUCAUGGAGACGUUCAUCUCCAAAGCCAAUAACCCCGGUCCCGAACCACGAAUUUUCAUGGGCCAGGUUUAUUAUCAGAUGAAAGAUUUUGGCAAGGCCAUCGGGCAGAUGGAAUCUGGCAUUGCUAUGGCCCGAGAGCGUGGGCUGGAUAUCAAAGAGAACUGGUGGCAGCUGAUCAACUAUCUCUACUAUGAACAGGAAAACAUGCCUAAGGUGAUCGAGACUUUAGAAAUUCUCGUCCGAGAUUUUCCGAAGCGUGACUACUGGGUUCGGCUGGCAGGAAUGUAUGGCCAGGAAGGUCGAGAAGAUUUGCAGCUCAAAACCCUUCAGGCAGCCUAUGCUGGAGAUUACCUGGACAAGCAAACUGACCUGACAAACCUUGCAGGUCUGCUGAUGCAGAUAGAGAUUCCCUACAAAGCGGCUAAGGUGCUUGAAAAAGGACUGGCAGAUAAGGUUGUAGAACGCGACUCCAAAAACCUGCGCGCUCUAGGCCAGGCCUGGCAGCUGGCGCAGGAAGUUGAUAAAGCAAUUCCGGUUCUGGAAGAUGCCGCAAAGCUGGCUGAUGACGGCAAGAUCUUUGAUCAGCUGGCGUAUCUAUAUCUCGAAUCCGACCGCUAUGACGAUUGCAUUCGCUCAGCUAAUGGAGCGUUAGACAAAGGUGGCGUGCGGAAGAAGCAAAGUACGUACUUUGUGCGCGGCUUGUGUCUGUAUAACCAGAACAAUCUGAACGAAGCUCGUGGUUCUUUUGUUUCCUGUCGUAAUGAGGCCCGAGCAAAAGACGAUGAAACCAAUCAGCGUACAUGUUUGCAGUGGAUUACGUUUAUCGAUCGUGAGAAGGAUCGUCAGGCGCAACUCGCAGCGGCUGGUUGA